UUCCACAUCCGGGUGAAGCGAUAUUUACAAUCUGAAUGAGUGACGGCUAAUGAUAAGUAUCCAGAGCUAAAGCUGUCCUCACAUCGUAUAUUAAAACCACUUUGCUCACCACAAAUGGCAUCUCAGAUCUCCAUAACCGUCAGGGCCCCGCCGGCAGCCGCCACCUCUGCCGCUCUCCGGGGGAAGAAACGUCCCGCAAGUCCGGCGGUGUCUGCCGCGCAGCAGGUCACCGGGACCGGGAGCUGCAGCAUCAAGAAGAAGAAAGGGCUGCUGACAGUGACACCAGCAACACAGAUAACAGCCGUGGAGUCAGUGGCUGAGGUGAAGCCAGUGGGAACAGCUGACUGCGGUCAAGCCGCCAUCGCAGAGCCCACAGCAAAGCCUCCGCCGUUCAAAGACCCCACGUUUAUGCACUCGGGGAUUGGUGGAGCAGCAGCAGGUAAAAAGAACAGGACCUGGAAGAAUCUCAAACAGAUUCUGGCCCUGGAGCGGACUCUACCCUGGAAGCUUACUGAUCCCAGCUACUACAACAUUGACACCCCUCCUUCUCUAAAGCCAACCAAGAAAUACUCUGACAUCUCUGGACUCCCUGCAAACUACACAGACCCUCAGACAAAGCUACGCUUCACGUCCAGGGAGGAGUUCUCCUACAUCCGUCUCCUCCCCGCUGAUGUUGUUACCGGCUACCUGGCGCUCCGGAAGGCAACUUGCAUUGUACCCUGACGGCCGAGCGAGGCUUGAACCCUGAAACAGGUUCAAACCAGAACUGAACCUCUGUCAGUGUAGGAGGCUGUUGGAGAGGACAGGCUGCGAUUAGUGAGGACACAAAGUGAAGAUCGCUGAACUCUCAGACUGGCCACCGCUAAACAUCCGCACAACUGAUUUCAAAGAAGGCAACCUGAGUCAUAAUUGUUAAUGUGUAGGGCUGGGUGUUGUUUAAAAUAUUACGAUUCUAGUACCAAUACCAGUGCCCUUAAAGGGGUACAGAUACCAGUAGAGUACUUAAUUCGAUAACCAUAACAUGAAUACAGUGGCGUGUAGUGUAGCGAUACUUUCAAAUGUUUUGGUGGCAUCUCGGUAUGCUGAACUGCCAACCCCAUCAAAUACACCGUGCUCAACUUCAUCACACCACAGACCCUAUGUGUUGUAACGUGAGCUGCUGUCAUGGGACUGUAAGCUCCACGCCAGGGACAGUUGUGAGAGUCCGCCCAGAUGCACAUACACAGUGAAGGGGCUAACUGUUGGCAUCACACAGCUAAUAUUACCUCACGCUUAUUAACAGUUAAUGACAGAGUCGAGCUUGGUGUCAGUGUGAGUUUGUUGGGACAGUUUUACAGCUUGCUGUUGGAUGCUAGACACUGCUGCUGUGCUAGGUCAUGCUAAUUGGACAGAUGUUGAACUGGAAGAAGAAGAGCGGCUCAGGAGACGGCAGCAACAGAAAGUUUGCUGAUCUGGAGGGGAGUCGGGAUGGUACGGAAUCAGACUCCCGACGCAAAGAGGAUCAAGUGCAGCUAUUUUACUGGAUAUGUUUCGAUACUAUAGAUAGAGACUAAAAAUAAUGGACAAAGCUAAUGAGACAUCACUCAUUAGUUUGUGGAAUCCCAUUUUGAAGCCUUGAGUUCGGCAAUUCGGUUGUUCCCAUCUUGGUUUUUCAAAGCCAGAAGUGACCAUAUUUGGGCGAGAGGCUGGAGCUGUGGAGGAGCGAGGGGUGGAUCUGACUGAGAGCCGAGGACACUACUGGCAGACAGCCUGCCUGUCCUGCGGUUUUUGUUUGGCACUUGUGUGUUGGCUUCAUUUUUCAGUCCCUAAAGUUGCUGCUUGGUCUGUACUUUAAAGGUAUUCAUUACUGACACCCAGCCUUGUUACUGUGCGACAAAAUAAAUGCAACAAAUGUGAAA